AUGGAUCUUUCAAGUAUCAUCCCCCCCAUUGGCGAGGAAGGUUUUGCAGUUAGUCAUGGUGGCGGGGAGAUGGAGCUCUAUGAGGAACUGGGCCAUGCCUUAUCAUGCCAACAAAUUCAUAUUGAUGAUUGUGACCGUCAUGACCAUACAGCCAGACUUGUAUAUGCAUGGGCAGACCAAUACGAAGCCCUUCAUCCCUCAACACAAGUAUCCCAGCUUCCGAAGACACCUUUUCAAUAUGCAUUGUUGACAUCUUCACAAGGUGUCUUUAGUCAUUGCUUGCCACACAUUAAUGUGUCUCUCAUGACACGUGGGUGUAUAGGCUCAUCGCCAUUGCAGCCAACUGUGGCCAUUACCAUACGAACACUUGAGGCUUAUCGUCAAAUGCAUCGUGUAUGCCUGAGGCUCAGUAUCCACGCAGAGGUGAAGAAGUUAUGUCACUUGCACGGUGUUCAUUAUGGUCGGUAUUUAGCCAAACAAUUUCGUGUUGCCUAUGACAUAUAUCUAGAACUUCUGCGGCGGGUGUCUCUUCAUGUCUCACAAGCCCUUGGACACACUGGUCCUAACUGGUGUGCAUGCAAUUCGUGUCCCUGUUGCCACUACAAAGUCCAGGAUGAACCCAAGCUGAGGUUUCCCUUUGAGAUCGCACUGGAUGGUAAUAACUCAGCAAAGUUUGUAGACCCUGCAUUACGUGGAGGAAACAUAUGGAUUGAUGAAGAAUAUGUUGAUCGAUUCAAGGAUGAAGUCAAGAACACUCAACACUCCCACUGUCCAAACACCUUGACCCCUGCUGAUAUUGAUUCAAAUGAACCAGUCAACAUUUGUGUUGACCGAUGGCGUAAUGCCACACCCGAGGCCCGCAAGCGAAUGUUCUCUGUUUUCCAGAAGUCUGGUAUUUUUGUUGCAGUGUGCCAUCAUGGAUUCCUUUUGUCUAUAUGCGACAUGGUCCGCAGUGGCGAGCUGUAA